UAGUAUUGUAAACACAAGGAUAUGGCUGACGAGAGGGGAGGAGGUGAAGACAACAUUAACGACAACAUGGGGAACCAGUUACAGCUUUUACCAGACAAUGAGGAAGAGGAGGAGGAAGAUGACAUGGAGACAGAGGACCGAGACAAUGAGGAGGCAGAGAAGCCCACCAUCAUCACCUUUGACCCCAGCCUGCCCACAUCACAUGCUUACCUGGGAGCAGACAUGGAAGAGUUUCACGGCCGCACAGUCCACGAUGACGACAGCUGUCAGACCAUCCCUGUGCUGCCACACACAGCUGUGAUGCUGGUGCCAGGUCAGACGCUGCCUCUGCAGCUCUUCAGGCCACAGGAGGUCAGCAUGAUGCGGAGUGUUAUCCAGAGGGACCGCACCUUUGCUGUGCUCGCUCACAGUGAUACAGGUGACCCAGAGGCAGAGUUUGGGACAACAGCUGAAAUCUAUGCAUACAGAGAAGAGCAGGAAUAUGGAAUUGAAACUGUCAAAGUGAAAGCUGUGGGGAGGCAGAGAUUCAAGGUCCAUGAGAUAAGAACCCAAGCAGACGGGAUCAGACAAGCCAAAGUACAGAUCCUUCCAGAACGCAUCCUUCCAGAUCCCCUCUCUGCCGUGCAGCUCACACCCCUCUCCAGACUCCACAUGCACCCCUCCUCCAAACCCCCGACUCAAAGCUGCAAACAGGCCCAACACUGGUGGAAUAACUACCAACAGAGGAAGUUUCACUGUGCCAGUCUGACACCAUGGCCGCCCUGGGUGUAUGCUCUCUACGACUCUGAGUCGCUCAUGAACAGAGUGAAGAAACAGCUCCAUGAAUGGGACGAGAAUCUGAAGGACGACUCUCUCCCUACGAACGCCGUAGAUUUCUCCUACAGAGUGGCGGCCUGUCUGCCCAUAGACGACGCUCUGCGGCUCCAGCUGCUGAAGAUCGGCAGUGCCAUCCAGAGACUUCGCUGUGAGUUGGACAUCAUGGACCGAUGCACAUCACUGUGCUGUAAGCAGUGCCAGGACACAGAAAUCACCACAAAAAAUGAGAUCUUCAGCUUGUCUCUGUAUGGCCCCAUGGCUGCAUAUGUCAACCCUCAUGGCUACGUCCAUGAAACCCUGACUGUCUACAAAGCCAACAACCUCAACCUGGUCGGCAGGCCAUCUACACUGCACAGCUGGUUUCCAGGGUACGCCUGGACAAUUGCUCAGUGCCGAACCUGCGGGUCUCAUAUGGGUUGGAAGUUCACAGCCACCAAGAAGGACUUGUCUCCACCUCGUUUCUGGGGUCUGACCCGUUCAGCUAUGCUCCCCCGUAUCCCCCGGGGCGAGGGGGAGGAGGGAAGAGAGGGCUCUCGCCUGUUCUGCCUGUGAUGUCAGACCAUCAUUUAUUGUUAAAAAAAAAACAAAAAAAACAGCAACCUGCGAACCCCCCAAGCCUGGAUCUUCCUGCACUCUCUUGCUGCGAUUACAUUUAGUAAUCAAUGCAUCACACUCCAGCUGUCACCCUUGGCUGUAAAUCCAUCAUAUUAGUGGAAAGGUCAGUCGGCCUUUAAAUGGCACUCAAAGAGCAAAUACAGCAGGAUGGAGGUGUUGAUUGUUCUUAAAGGUUGUUGAGAAGUGAAGGCAGCAGGGCGACGACUCGGAGCAUCGGGAUAAAGUGAGAAACAACAGAUCUUACAGAUUGAGUCCAUGACACGUUGUAGCAUCCUAGCAUGCAGCAGGCUGAUCCGCACCCCUGUCCAGCUGAUUCCUUGGUACCUGCAGACACACACAGACACUAAAAGCUUAAUGCUUCCCUUCAGCUCCUCUCCUCAGUGUGACAGAGAGUCUGACUGCAUGCAGUUGAGAAGCAGGCAGAGUCACCUACUUUAAUCUGUUGUAAAACCAACCAGUUCAUAUAAAUUCACCUUGCAUUCAGAUCCUUUGUGGGUUUCUCAGAUAUGUUUAUUAUCAGUCAUGUUGUUAAGAUGCUGUAGGUCAGUGGAGGGAACGAGAGUGCACUCAUGUUGGACGUGUAGAUCUGUCACUAACGGGGAUGUUUUGAAUCUUGGGAUUAAAUUGGAUGUAUUUUUGUAUGGGAGAAGAAGAUUGGAAAGUAAUUUAACAGACUCAUCCAUGUGUGCUUUUUAUUAUCACACCAGUUUUUUAUGCAAUAAACAAAAAACUGAGGUGACGAUAACAACAAUGUGUAAUAUACAUGAUAUAAUCAGUGUCUGUUUUGUUCUCGACUGAGGCUCAUUGUCCUGUCAGAGGAUGUGCUUCAGAAAAACAAGCAAGUGGAAAUUAGAGAUGUCUCGGUGCCUAAUGGAGGACUGUUAUUUAAAAAGGUUGAAGCUAAUUAUCCCAGAGAGUGAGAGGAGCAUUUACUGUCUUCAUUUAGUUUGUUCAUGUUGUGUGGCGUGUUAAAAUGGUGUGCCUACGCCCCAGCUCAGUGUCUUUUGAUAAGUUUGAUGAACCGGUGAACCACAGACGUGAAUGAAAGACUUUAAAUGGUGAAAGUGAUGAACAGAUAAAGAUUUAAUUAAAAUUUGUUUUUAGUUUUUAGUUAGAUUUUUUCUUCUUUUUUUUUGGUUUGUAGUGUCGCAGUUUUCGGGAUUUUACUUCUUGCGAUUUUGUUGCAAGGUGCUGGCUCACGUUUGUAUAAAUGUAGCUGUAAAUAAGAGGCAGUUAAAGCAUUUGUUGUCACAUAUAACUGGUGUUCUGCUGCUGGUAGAAUCUGACUCUUAUUUCGCAUUUCUCUUCAUGUCACAAAGAGUUGUUAGGAAUUGAUCUUUCAUCAGUCACAAAGUCAUUGAUCACAAUAAGGAAUCAUCUAGAUUGUGAAGAUGUUGGUCAGUCAAAUUUAAUGUUUUUGGAUAAUUUCAUAAAGGAAUAGAUUGAAAUUUUGCUUUUUUUGCAGAGAUUUACAGGAGAAGAUUUAUACCACUGUCAUGUCUGUAGUAUAAAUAUUAAACUACUAGCAGCAGCUGGUUAGCUUAGCUAAGCAUAUAAACUGGAAACACAGGCAAACAGCUGCCUUGCUUUGUCCAGAGUUGACAUAACUUACCUACCAGCACCCCUACGUUUAACUAAUUAACACAUUAUUCUUUUAUUUCAUAAGAAACUGAAAUGUAAGAAUGACAGUUUAUGGUUUCACGGAGGUUAUGGCUAUUUCCUGGAUGCAGAGAUGACAUGACUUAUCCCAGUUUUUUACCCUUCAUUUAUUCAUUUAUUAUUAUUAUUUUUACAGAUUGAGCCAGUGAGAUAUUGCGUGUUCAUCAGUGAGCUUUAGAGGUGCUGGUAGCUGCUGCUGUAGCUUCAUAUAUUCUGUACAGACUUAAAAGUGGCAUCCAGAUUUUGUCACAUAGUUGUUAACAUUAAAGGGCAACAACAGCCAUUUUCAAAAUUCACUCAUGUGGGAGGACCUCUGGCUCACCUGGUGGAGUGUUCGCCUCAUGUGGGCUGGGUCCUUUACAGUGACCGGGGUUCGAUUCAGACUCACAGCCCUUUGCUGAGUGUCAUCCCCAUUCUCUCUCCCACCUUUGCUGUCCAAGUAAAGGCAAAAUGCCCCAAAAAUGAUAAUAGUAAUAAUAAAAACUCAUGUUAUUCCUAAAGUCUAAGACAGUCCAAAAAUAUUAGUGAUCAUGAACAACUCUACCAAAUUCAAAAACUAGAGUACUAAAACUUAAUCAAGUGCAAAGUCUGGAGCUGCUCCAUGGACAAUAUAUUGGGACAUAUGUUCGAGGUGACACUGGGAGCAGUCUGGGGAAUGUUCUGAUUCAGAACUUAGAACACAACAAUACAAUAAAGCUCGUUUGGGUACAAAAAUAAAAACAAAGAUUCUGCAGGUCCACAAAAUCAGACUCCCAUUCAUUGGAUACAUUUACAUGCUCACUAGUAUUCCCCUAUUAUCCCAAAUAUGACAGUAUUCUGAAUUUGAUAGGGUUCAUGCAAACAGCAUAUUCUCUUUUGGAUAUUCUGAAAAGGCCUUAUUCCAAAUGAAGCAUUCUUCUCAAAAGACAAGUGGGAUAUGUCAAUAUUAUUUGGCUUUAAGGAGCAUUCUUUGAACAUGUAUACCACACAUUCAGGCUAUGUAUCUCAGUUGGGGUCUUAACCGCGGUUUGUGACACACAGCCUUGCUGCCUGUGUACGGUCAGCUCUGUGCAUUGUCAUGGAUGUGUUGUACACAACUCGCCAACAGUUUGAAAAGCUGUGUGGUGAAGAUGCAUGACAGAAAGUUUCUGAUCGUAAGGAGAAGCACACCUUGUCUUUAAAUAUUAUGAAAGACUUAGAUAACAAUAGGUUUUUGGGUAUUCGCCAAUAUUGCCAUUGCAAUCUUUUGAAGAAGUUUGCCGAUGGAAUGAAAGAAGGUGUUACACAGUCUAUCAAGUCCACCACUGGUUGACAAUCCAGUCCAAUUCAAAAUCCAAUGUUGAUGCAAAGAAGCCAAAUGGCUCAAGAGGCUCCAUGGGUUCCACUUUUCUAUAUUUUGACAUGACCAAUGACAUGAUAGAGCAUCUUAAUCUUGAGUCUGCAAGGCUGCAUGUAAACAGGAAUAUUAGUGGAAUAUUCAUUUUCAUUAGCCAUUAGAGCGAACAUUGUCUGUUUUGGAAUAAGGGCAGAAAUUGGAUAUUGCAAUAUAGUGAAUCUCAGUGUACUUAUUGUCUGUGGAGCAGCUCCAGACUUUAUACUUAAUGACAUCACAAGUUUGAGACUUAUGUUAUUUCUGGCUUUGAGCGAGAGCAGCUCAUGUUCACAAAUAUCGAUUGAUCUUUCCCAGGCCAUGGAAAUGACAUAUUGGAAUUCUUAAUGUAGGUGGUGUUCCCCUUUAAAGCAAGUUGGCAUAAUUAUCAAAAUGUCAUAACUACUCUUUAAAGGGCGAUGGCUUUCAAUUUAAGUACAUCUUGUUUUUACGGCCUGAGCAUGAUGUCUUAAUGGAUGUACAGUUCUGAGUUGUGUCGACAGUCAGUGGGAGAAUAACUUGACUUUUUGGUUUCAUGCAGAGUUUGUUUGAAUGAAUCUUUUAAUAUUCUUUUAGUCUUCCCUUAAAGAAGAACUCCGCAGAUUUAACAUUGCGUUCCUAUAGCACUGUUGGACUCAAGAUGGACAGUUAAAGAUAUGCUAUGCAGGAUUUCCCUAAAACAGUGUAUAGACUCAUAGAGAAGUAAUCCCUCUCAAUCAUCACUUAUGACCCAGUAGAAAUGUGUGGGGGCUCAUUUUUCUGCAGAGACUCUGCCCUCUGCCUGGCUUUUAUUAUUUUCUUUGUCCAGGAUGUUUAUGGGUGUGUACCUCCACAGUGCUCAGGUGAGGUUGGGGCUUUAGAAAGAAGUAGCAACCAGAUGCCAGAUCGUAAGCAGCAGGCAUCCAAGAGACAAAGCACCAUCGCACAACAACGUAUAUAGCGAGGUGAAAUGCCAAACAAAAGUCAAUCUGGGGUCGGCUUUUACUUUCUCUAGCCAGUGUGUUUACAAAAGUAGUCGACUAUCUUGCAUAGUAUACCUUUAACAUUUUUAAAAGUGAAAAUCGAUGCAGCACAAGUAAAGAUAUUGUCCUUUUCAGUCGAUGCAAUCUUCUUUCUUGUGAAAACCUGCUGCCUAGAUUACCCACAAUGCAACUCAAUCGCUGACAAUUUGGUCUGAGAUUCAGGUGUGUUAUGUUAGUAGCGGCUAAUGUUGCCUUGAGCUGCUAGCCUCAAGCAGAGAUGAGGUGCAGGCUACAGAGAUCUGGUAAGCUCACUUUAUAGAACUCCACACCCUAAGAUCUUUUUAUGCGUCUGCACCAGCGAUAGCCGUGGUCGCCUGUACAUACGUGUAUCUCAUUCUCCUGAAGGCAAUAACUCAAGAACGCCUUGAGGGAACUUCUCCAAAUUUGGCAAUAAUAUCUACUUGGACUCAUCAAUGACCUGACUAGAAUUUGAUGGUCAAAGGUCACUGUGACCUCACAGAACAUGGUUUUUGCUAUAACUCAAGAAUUAAUCAAUUAUUCAAUUCAGUUUCACAUAUUUAAUAGAAUAAAAUAAUUAAGUGAUGACAUUCUAUAUCCAAAACGUCAAGGGUCUACUUUACUCUGACAUCAUUAUGUUCUGCAAAAACUCUUUUCUGGUCAUUACUCAUCACCUUAACUUAGAAACAGAAGCAGAGACAUUUGGACAGAUACUGAAUUAGUGACUAUAAUCAGUGUAAAGCAUGGAUGUAAACUUAACAGCAACUUGACUGCCAUACAACCCUUGAGUUGGUAAUUCUAGUUUCACACUUGCAGUUGUGCUCCGCAAGACUUGUUAACAGACGUUAAUGUGUAAAAUCAGUGGAGUUCCCCUUUAAGGAUCAGAAAAGGUAAAGUUUCUCAAAAAUGUGCCCCUUUUUUUUUUUUUUUUUUUUUUUUUUUAACUACAUUCUCAUUUUAAAUCUUAUUUAGAAUUCUCUGUCAGACCCUUCAAGAGUUUCAUAUCACUUUGUUUGAUAAAGGAAAGGUUUUCACCCAGGGAAUAACAGGUCAUAUCUAAGAUCCUUAAAAUUAUCAGUCAUAUCACUGAUUCAGUGUUCGCCAGGCUGUCAGACUCUUUUUUUUUUUCACCCUCGACAAUAAAAUGGAUGCUUCAAUUAACAAAUCAAUGGCCUGUUUCCAAAGAAGGCUUUUGCUUGUUUUUCCAUGACAAUUGGUGUACCACAGAGUCAAAUAAACAUGCAGUUAUCCUGUGA